CUCCCCCUCCCCUAGGUGUCCUUGGUGCAAAGGUCUGACUCCAGGGCCAGAGCCUAGCUAAGCCCAAACUCACUGCCUGGAUCCUGAUCACACUGACCACACUGCAGAGGCAGACAGAGAGCAACACACCUGACACGCACUUACCCGUCAUGGAGAGUCUGACAGUACCUGUUGUGGUUGGAACGUCUGUGGUGGUCCUCUCUGGGCUCUACUUCCUCCUCCGAGGUGAUAAGAAGAAGAAGCCGCUUCCACAGACACUACAAGACUCUACAGUUAAAUAUCCACUGCCACUCAUAGAGAAAGAGGAUAUAAGCCAUGAUACAAAGCGCUUUCGCUUUGGCCUUCCCUCUCCCACACAUGUCCUUGGACUGCCAGUAGGACAGCAUGUGUACCUGUCAGCUAAGGUGAAUGGGAGCCUGGUCAUCCGGGCCUACACUCCUGUCUCCAGUGAUGAGGACCAGGGCUUUGUGGACCUGGUGGUCAAGGUGUACUACAAAAACACUCAUCCUAACUAUCCUGACGGAGGAAAGAUGUCCCAGUACCUGGACGCCAUGAGCAUUGGGGACAAAAUAGAUUUCAGAGGACCCAAUGGACUCCUUGUAUACACAGGAAAUGGCAAAUUUGCCAUUCGACCUGAUAAGAAGUCUGAGGCCAAGGUCCGCAAGUUUAAACAUGUGGGAAUGAUCGCUGGUGGAACAGGGAUUACCCCCAUGCUGCAGCUGAUUCGCAGUAUUACAGGAGACCCUGCAGACAACACCAAGUGCUCGCUCAUAUUUGCUAACCAGACUGACAAGGAUAUCCUACUGCGGGAUGAACUAGAGGAGGUGCUGAAGAGUCACUCUGACCAACUCAACCUGUCCUACACUCUGGACAAGCCUCCACAGGACUGGAAGUACAGCUCAGGAUUUGUGAACGCUAAUAUGAUGAAAGAGCACCUUCCCCCGGCAUCCAACGAUGUGCUUAUUGUCAUGUGUGGCCCACCCCCCAUGAUCCAGCAUGCAUGCCUCCCCAACCUUUCCACUCUGGGCUACAAGACAGAGAACACAUUCACAUACUAGUAACUCCCAGGCCCUUCAACUAGGCAUAGAACCCCAUAUAUACAUUAAACUGCACCAGGACAUUUGAGACCAUUGGUUAUAUUGACUUAUCUGUGUAGAAUAUAAUGUAAAAGCCUACACUACAAGACCAAAUUGAUAUUUUCUAGGGGUUUUAAUAAAAGAAAAUGUAAUAUUUGCAUAUUUAACAUUCAAAGAAUAGUUUGAACUGUUUUGUGUUAGAAAGACUGUAAUAAGGUUGGUUGGGUUUUGGAAUGUUUGGACUGUUCCAGUAACAAUUUGUCUAGAUGAGUAUUGUCUCUAAAGCUUUUUGACGUGCUAUUUUUAACCCUCCUGCUGUGUUCGGGUUGAAUUGGACCGAUUUACAAGUUCUCUCUGAAAAAUGUAGUUCAUUUCAUCUGAUUGUCAUAAGGUUCCAUUACUUUUUCCACACAGGGCAUCUGAACACACAAAAUACAUUUUUAUGAUUUUCAUUACAUUUUGGGUGUUUUAUUUAUCGUUUGUACACCUGUAGUGUUCCCG